GUACUUAUAUCUAACCAACCUAGCUGAAAACCCGGUACUUCUUUCAGAGGCAAAAUGCGACUCAUUAACCGUACAUAAGCAAGAGUUUUAUCGUCUUUUAAUCCUUCAGAUACUGUUACAACAAUUAUUGUUACAACUGUAACUUCUGUAUAGUUUAUCCAGCUCCAGUCUAAGUUAUACGUUUCACCCAAGGGGACUUUUAUCGUUGUCCGUUAUCCACCAGUGCAACAUUAGCUGGGAGGAAGGAAACACACACAAAUAAAACGAAUACCAUUAAUAGAAACCUUUCUAUAAUUUGUCAUUUUGACUGUCUUCCUUUUACCUGCGGCGACAUGGCUACAAAUCCACCAGGACAAGCUUUCCCAAACAAGGCACGGGUGGCGAUCCUGGCAGAGCUGGAGAAAGAGAGGAGAAGGUUGUUGAACACUCCUGGAGCGAGCAUCUCGCUGUCCAGACCAAACCUGAAAGAGUUCAGAGACAACGCAGAACAGCAGCACAUCGCUGCCCAGCAAAAAGCUGCCCUGCAGCAUGCACACACACACUCAUCGGGCUUCUUCAUCACUCAGGACUCCUCGUUUGGGAACCUCAUCCUCCCAGUCAUUCCACGCCUGGAACCGGAGUCUUGACCUUUUUACCGCUCGUCCUCGUCCUCCUGCUGCCUGUGGCACAAGGCUUUCAAACAACACACACUCAUGUCAGACCCACUUCUCUCCCAGUUCCUCUCUUUUAAGUCUUUGAUAAAUGGACAGUUGUUGUGUAAACAAUCUCAGGGGAGUGUGAAUCUGUCAUUUUUACAUUUUCCAGACCAACAGGCUGGUUGCUGAUUUUAGGAAAGCUUUUCAAAACAGUCGAAAGAAGGUUCCAGAUAGCUGUGAAACAUCCUGUGAAGUCGUGCAGGGGCUAAAAACAAACUACAGAAAUACUGUCAUUGCCUUUCACCGCAUUAAUGCACAUUUUGUCAGGGUUUUACAUUCAAGGUUUGUAUUGAUAUUUGGAUAAUAAAAGUGUUACAUUCAAUAUAUAUUGAAAUUCAGGUUUUAUUUUUGCACAUAUAAGAAAUGGGGCCAGAAAGUCCUAAUACCUUAAAGGUAAUUUUACUUAAUAUAGUCAUAUUUAUAUAUAGGUUUUACAUUUUCAGUCAUCCACUUCUCCAACUGAAAUAAUAUAUUUUUCAAGCAAUACAAACCGAGCCGGUCACCUUCAUGGAAACACUGCGGUGAAACUCCUCCAGUGCUGCCUUGUAGCACGCUAUCACACCCACCACGUUUUUCACUGGAGAGGAGAGGGACACAUUAAUGCAAUAUUAAAGGUCACCUAUUAUGCAA